AUGGAGGGAGAGGAAAAUGCAGAGCUAAUACCAAUGGAAGGUUCUCUUGAAAUUCCGCUUGAAGAGGAGUCGGGUAGCCCCGAAUUUAGCCACAUUUCACAAAAAUCCCAAGCCAGUGAGGAGAAGGACUCUUUUGUUAGCCCGUGGGAUGCCUCAGCUUUGGAACCCUAUCCCCAUAACAGUGAUGGAGAAAUGCUCUUUAAGAACCUAAUGACCAAGUUGAAGGCACCGCCGCGUUCCAUUAUUGACUACAUGGGUAGGAAAAGCAGUGCAGUGCUAUCAGCUCCUAUUAACUUGAGCAAUGAGACUCUCUGUCUCUGUCUCUCCUUCUGCCUUGCCAUUUUACAGGUACUAAAUCGACGUAGGGCCGAAGUUUAUGCCAAAUCUGAAGGUCUUAAGUUGAAGGCUAAAGAAUAUCAUGUAAUGGAAGAGGAAGCUGCUCGAGUGGAGAAGGAAAAUAGGCGGAAGAUGCAGCGUAAAAGGUCAAGAAGGUACACCACGACGAUAGCCCGCGGCGAUCGUUUGAAAACCCUGGCAUCUGAGGACAGUUGGCUCCUCGAGGGUGCAGCAGUAGAAGAAUUCAUGGUGGGAGAGGAAGAACGCAUGGCUUCCAAGGAGGAUGUUCAACGUUUGAAAAAGAUCCGACACGAUGCCACUCAGGAGGUGUUCGACCAAAGUGUUCAGCAUAAAGAUGUUAAUGACAAUCCUGCAGAUCGCAAGAUUGAAGUAGUCACCCGUCUCCACCGAUUUUCAGAUCUGCAACUCUUCUUCCAUCAUGUUAAAUCUGAGAGAAUGAGGGAGGCAAAGAGUCAAAAGCAAGCACUUGCAAAGAGGGAUUCCACUACCAUUGCUAGGCCAAGUGAAACGAUCUCCGAAGAGGCUGAAGCCGAUCAAGAGGCGAAGGUAACACCUGAAGUCUCCAAACCACAGUUGCUGUCACGCCUUGAGAUGGAGAAUAUCAUAUCGGGCCUUCGAGAAGUCGUUGGUGGGGACGAUGAAGGUGUCGGCAGAAUAAUAUCCAGUGCACUGGCCGGCAAGCAAAACGGUCUUGAUACGCUCAUCGCUUUGGUGCAAGACACUGAGACACGCGAUGACUUUCUCAACACCAUAACCGAGCCAGGAUACGUUUUCUUCCUCCUCAAUUGCCACUUUCGCUCGUCACGUGCAGUGCUCAACAUGAUUAAUAUAGUGCUCUCCGAUAAUCCCGCUCGUUCUCUCGAACGAGUUGCAUUGACGAGGAAAUUGAACGAGGCCCUUGGUGUACCACCAGGCGGUGGGAACACAAAACUAAUGAACUUUGCUCACGAAUUCGAGGAGGCCUGCCGCAUAGCAGUGGAAGGACUGCUUCAACGAGUGGGCAAAGGGCGGAGUAUUGUAGACGUAGAUGCCGAUUUUAGGGAAUGCAUGCAUCAGGAGGAAAUACACAUGGUUGAAUUUGCCGAAACCGCCGAUCUUGAGGUAGAAGAGCUGAAGACCAUCAUCUCGCUAACCCUUUCAUGUCGGAUAGAAGAACUGAAAGAAUUCUUUGAUGAAUUGGCUCCUGUUCAACAGGAGAUUGAGGCCGAACUAGAGAGAUCACCAGAUGCGGAGCCCGAUGUAAGGUUUGAGGAUGCAUCUCCUUCGCGGUUUGAGUCAAAGGAAAUCCCCGUGGAGCGAAGCUCGGAGGAAAACGAGCAAUCUGUCAAUAAAAGCUUUGUCAAGAAAACCGAUCAUAGUGCAAGACAUUCGGCUGGCGAGGAAGAGCAGGGUCAUCGGACCGUAGUUCAAAUGAGGUCACCACCUGUACAGCUAACACAAGACUCACCCUUAAAGACUUCCGCCAAGCCGAUUUUGCUGAAGGGAAAAACUACUAAGAAGGGCGGCGACAAAUCACCCCAAGCAACCCUCAUAGACUUGACGCCACUGAAAGGUAGCGUGCUUGGUGUCUCUACUGUCCCAAUUGAUUCCACGGAAGGACGUUUCUUUUGGGACGAGGAGGAGGAAGAAGAGGAGGAGAGUGAGGAAGAAGAGGAGGAUGAGAUUGACUUCAUGGAGGUUGGCGAGAAAAUCCAACUGUUGGAAUAUUUGAGUGCCGAUGAAGAGGGAGAAGAUGAAGGAGAAGAUAGUUCCUCCAAAGCAUCUUCCAAAUCGCGUCGCAAGCGCAUAAAAUAUCACAAGCAACGCCGCAAGAGGGCUCAGCAACAGGAGAUCGGAGAAGAAGGCCGAGAAGGCGCAGAGGCUGAGCAGAUUCAGUCAAAGGAGACGCGAUCUUCAGGAUCCGAACCGCAGGACAGAUCAAUAACGGAGGAGGAAGCACUUCAGAAAGCCGCCGACGAUGAGGAGACGUGCAUGGCUCUUAUAGCGAUGGUGAGCCGAGAAGAUGACCUGGAAAAAGCUGAGAACCUGCUGAAGAAGAUCAGCAGAAUCAUCAGAAAUGAUGAGGGUACAAUGGAUAUCGAGGCGAUUAUGCGUGUCUACAAUGAGUUGCAAAAUGCUAUCUUGAGUCUUCAGAAGGAAAUGGAACUGAUCCCGGAGGGAAGUGAUGAGCGUAAUGUUAUUGACAGCAUUAUCAGCGCUAUCAAGGAGACUUCCAAGACACUUGUGGAUGCUGAUGAGGGCGAAGGCAGUGAGCAAACAGAGGACCAACAGAAGGCUUCUAAACACGAUAGUAUCAAAGAAAAAGCCGUAGGAUCUAGAAUGGCUGAAACUGGGAGAGCAGAGAAGAUGCGAAAACGACUGGAAUCGAUGAUAAAAAGGCGUAAAAAGCCACGUCUCCAAACUACUACCCCUCGCAGUCCCUCAACCGACUCCGAAUCCGACUCUUCAGGGUCAGACAACGAAGGUUUCGAAUUCCGCAUUCAGCCUCUUAUGAGACGCAAAAUGGUCAAAGAUAUCACCAUAGAAAGCCUCUCUGAAGAGGAAGGAGAGAAGUUGGGAGAAUUUGUAGCCACCAACGAAAACAUUAAAAAAGCACCCACUAAAGAAGUAUCGACAUCAAAAGAGAGGGAAUCUCUUAUAGUCACUUCCGCGAAGACUGUCCACCAAACUGAAUCAGAAAGACCCACUCUGGAGGAACAAGCUGCCUAUGUAGUGGAAGUAGCAAUUGGUAAAAUAGCAUACAUAGGGAAAUCUGGACGAACGAGCGGAGAUCGUCUUCGAAGUGACCUUCAACCCAACUCCAAAUUGGUACAGUCGAUACGACGAAAGAGCGAUCGAAUGUCAGCUGGCCUCCUGAAAGAGGAUAUGUGGCGACGUCAGAAAACUCGAUCCCUCAUUACGAGGAUGCAAAAAAAGUUGAGCCCCCUAGUCGCCGGUGGGAAUGAGGAUGCAACUCCACACGCGCUGAAACCCAGUGAAAUUCGUGAAGCUCUGACCAACCCGGACUUCGAGGAGAUUGCGCAGGAAUUCAAAACUCUUUACGGCGCACAACUAAUGAAGUCAAGUAGCUACAAUUUACUUACAAAGAUCACUCAGCAGAUGGAUACCAUAAGCACAAAGAUUGGUGAAGAACCAGGACUCGAUAAAAUGAUGAAUUUGUUGAGCAUCUUGAAGUACCAGGAUCGCAAGUUUACAGCAGAUGAGCUGCUGACAGAGGUGAGUUUGUCGAUGUCCAUAGAAGGGAUAACAUCUUGGCAGUAUUUCGAGGAAUUAGAUCCUGAUGAGUUGAAAUACAUGGAGGAAAUGUUGACUGUGGUGAAAGAACUGCUGCUGAUAGAGUUCUCAAUCACCAGUGCGAUGCUCCCAUCACAGCGAAUAGCCUGGAUGUCAAUUCCAGGGAAUUGGGAGAAUCAUCGCCGGUGUCUGGCUAUCUUGGGCCAACUGUUACAGCUCCAAGUAAUUCUACCAGAACUGGCGUCUAUAGUCGUCUCGGCUCUUGUCAUGAACGUUUUCGACACGAUUGCCAUCUUCAACGCGCGGGACAUAAUCACGAACGAUAUUGAGAAAAUGGUAUAUGGAUACCUGAAGGAUGAAAUUGAAGCUCUCUCUUGGUUCCAUGUUCACAUGCAAGAUCGUGAUGAGGUCCUGAAGCCCCUGAUGGAGGAAUACGACGCUGAGCUUGGAAACCUGCUCGGUGGUGAGGAUAGUAGCCACACCAUUAAACCCUCGGUUGACAAGAGCUUAUUGGAUCUAGUGGUUGCACCAGGGUACACGUACGUUCUUCAGACUGGGUUGGAGAAGGGAUUUGCCAUUUCAAGAGUGGAGGAUCAGAUUGAACGUACUAGCUCGAUCGAAUAUAUGCUCCACUUGCGACGCUUGGCGCUUUCGGCAAAGCACAAGCCUCACGUUCCCCCAGUAGAAGUCGUGGCUGAAGAAGUAGAGAAGACAAUAGCCACUCUGGAAAACGCUCCAUCGAUCGCAGCCGCCCUAGAGGCUACGGGUACGUACGAUGCUGCGGAAAGGACAUUUACAGACUACUACUGCCGAGUGGCCACAGAAAAACAAUGCGCUAGGGUAAGCGAGAUCUUCCAGUCGGUGAUCAGUGUCUCCCAAACUCAACGCAAAGUUAACGUCGAAGAACUGCUCUUUACACGCGAUACUGACAACGAAAUUCUUGGCGACCUAGAAGAAACCACAAAUAUUCUGCAUCAGCAUUCCCUGUCGCCAUCGCCUGAAAAACAAAAACCUGUCUACCAACUCUACGCUUUUGGUCGCCAAGUGAGUACUGACAAUCCUGAGGAUGUUAUGCGCAUUCUGGCGACUUCACUUGGAGGUGGUCGCUUCUAUGAACGUCAGAGCCCUCCCCCAACCCAAAGGCAACAAAUGUACACCAUUCAAGGGGCAGAGCAGCUAAGCAAAACGGAAAUACAUUUUCCAGGCUUGAAUCAACCAGACGAGCGCAGACAGGAACCAAGUAAACACUAUCCAUCAAGAGAGAAAGAAAAGUUACCAUAUCUACCACAGCAAUCCAAAUCAUUAGCCUUAGCUCACACACCCGCAACGCCUUUGGCAUCUUUGUGGCGCUUUCACGCAUCAUCAUCAGAGAAGUCAGACAUGAAUGGGGAACCGAUGAUGUGCAACUACACCCAACUUUCGGCUUACCGAUACAGUCGAACACCACACGUGGCCUCACAUAACUAUCCACUCACUAGAAGGGAGGUGGAGGCAGUGGAAUGCUUCCUAGAAAUGAUGUGCAAAGAAAAGGGAAAGUCUCCAGAGUUGAAAGCGGACUCAAAGAUCGAAACGACAACUAAAAGGUCAACAAUGCAGAAGAAAUCGAGUAGUUUGGAUCAGGGAGCAGUUACAGCAUUGUUCAAAGAGCCCGAUGCGAUGCAUAUACUGCGCCGGAAUCCCGCUGCAAUAUUAGAACAAUUGCGACAACGUCUAAAACCGGGAGGACUCACCCAAGUGUUAGACGAAGUAAUGCGAGAAACUGGCAGUAAGAAGUCGAAGAAGCUUUUCCUUCAGGCAUUACAGAAAGCUGUUAGUAUCGAGAAGGAGGCGAAGCAGCAAUUUCCAAGAUCAUCAGUCAGUUCUAAGCGACUCAGUUUCGGCGGUCGAACCAUACGAAGGCCAGCGGAAAUACCGUCCCGUGAUUGGCAACGACUGGCCAAAUCAGAUACCACCGAAUUCGAAAGGUUGCCCAUGACUGACGACAAGCGACCACACUGUAGAGCUGAAUACAUCUGCCGCAGCGGGUAUGUCAACAUUGUCGGGGCUUCGCGAGGUUACCUCUCAAGGUUGGAUGUUCUGCAGCACCUCCACAGGGCAAAUCACUUGCGAGCCAACGAUCGGAUACACAAAUCAAUUGAAGAAUGGUAA